CCCCGGAGAGCCCAAUCAUCCAUCUCCAUGUCUGUGGGUGUUUCUCGCACAAGAUCAUGCGAGGGCGCCAACGGCACAAUGGAGAAGAAGCGUUCCUACCGGGCCCCACCUUCCAGAGUGCAGAAUGCACGAGAUCCUCUAAGCAAGAUGACCAGUAUGUUGGUGCUCUUCCUGCUGCAGAUCUACAAAAUGAAAAGGCCAGCUACAAAAACACAUAAGCUGAACAUAGUCGGGAAGAACUACAAAAAUCACUUCUUUGAGGUCCUCUAGAGAGCAUCUUUGAGCAUGGAGGUGGUAUUUGGCAUCGACCUAAAGAAAGUGGAUUCUCCACAUCAUUCCUAUAUCCUCCUCAUCAGCAAAAUGGAUCUGCCCAAAAAUGGGCGGGUGAACCGUGUCAGCAGAUUCCCCAAGACCAGUCUCCUGAUGAAUCUCCUGGGCCCGAUCUUCAUGAAUGGCGACUGCGCCACUGAGGAGGCGAUCUGGGAAUUUCUGAAUAAGAUGAGGGUGCACGCCGGAAAGAGACACUUCAUCCCUGGGGAGCCCAAGAAGCUCAUCAACCAAGAUCUGGUGAAGCUUAAGUUCCUGGGGUACCGGCAGGUGCCCCACAGAGAUCCAGCACACUACGAGUUCCUGUGGGUUCGGACAGUCCACGUUGAGACCAGCAAGAUGAGGGUCCUGGGGUUUUUCGCCAAGAUCAAUCGUACGGUCCCCAGUGCCUUCCCAUCCUGGCACAAAGAGGCUUUGCGCGAUGAG